GACGUCGAAGAAAGUGGAAAACAGAGCCAGCGAGAGCUCGAGAGGGCUUUGUUGCGGGUAACAAUGGCGAAUAUGCCUCAGUCUCUGUCAAUGGGCACGUCCUUCGGUGGUCCCAGCACGUCGGCUCAUGUUGUCUCCGGAGCUCCGGCGAGAAAUGAUCGGAACUUGGCGUCGGCGGAGCAAUUGGUUCUCGAUCUCUGCAAUCCUGAUCUCAGAGAGAAUGCACUCCUCGAACUCUCCAAGAAAAGAGAGUUGUUUCAGGAUUUGGCUCCCUUGUUGUGGAAUUCUUUUGGUACCAUUGCUGCACUGUUGCAGGAGAUAGUUUCAAUUUACCCUGUUCUUUCACCUCCGAAUCUGACUCCUGCUCAAUCAAAUCGUGUCUGUAACUCACUUGCCCUUCUUCAGUGCGUGGCUUCUCAUCCUGACACGAGAAUGUUAUUUCUCAAGGCUCAUAUUCCACUGUAUCUGUAUCCUUUCCUUGAUACAACAAGUAAAUCAAGACCUUUCGAAUACUUGCGGCUUACUAGCUUAGGAGUCAUCGGUGCUCUUGUGAAGGUUGAUGAUGCAGAGGUCAUUAGCUUCCUUCUUUCCAUUGAAGUUGUUCGUUUGUGCCUCCGUACAAUGGAGAUGGGCAGCGAGCUGUCAAAAACGGUUGCAACAUUUAUAGUUCAAAAGAUCUUGUUGGAUGAAGUGGGCUUGGAUUACAUCUGCACAAAAGCAGAGAGGUUUUUUUCGGUUGGUCGUGUUUUGGGAAAUAUGGUUGCUUCACUUGCGGAACAGCCCUCACCUCGGCUAUUAAAGCAUAUAAUCCGUUGUUAUCUUCGUUUGUCAGAUAACCCGAGAGCUUGCGCAGUACUCGGAAGCUGCCUCCCUGACUCGUUACGAGAUGGAACUUUUGUCAGUUGCCUCCGUGAGGAUCAAACAGCAAGAAGGUGGUUGCAGCAGUUGCUUCACAAUGUCAAUGUCGGAGUGGGUGCUGGUCGGGUCCCGACACUUCAAACUGGAGGAUUCGAUCACAUGCUUUUGAGCUGAAUAAGGAUAAUUAAAGUUUCCA